ACGAGAUGCGACGUAUUUAGGUUGGUGAAGUUGACGGCAAACAAAAUUUGUGUAGUUCACUUUUGAAAGAAGAUUGUGUGACAAAUGAUCCUUGUGAAGGGUUGUUGAUUAGUUCUCGUGUAAGAAAAAAAAACAUCGAAAUAAGUCACUGCAUUUCUAACGAAUCUUGGCUCCGAUUGACAUCCGAGGAAGCCGAUUAAGUGCUAGGCAAACGAUUGGUGGUAUAAUCAGUCAAACGCAAAAAGGAUAGCUUCUUCCGGUUUGUUAUUUAUAGUGUUGAGGGCAAGAAUGACAGCAUUGUUUGUGUUGGAGGAAAGAAGCUGAAUCAGUGAGGAUAAAAAUAAAUAUUUAUGAAUUGAUUUGGUGGAACACACGUUAAGAGAGCCAGAGCCAGAGGAGUUGCGAUAAGAGCAACGAGGAAAAGUGUCAUUGAGUCAGAGGCUUGAAGAGCGUGACGCUGGUGGACAGUGACGAAGUUUUGGUAGAAAGCCCGUUUGAGACUGUUUUGUCUGAUGUGAUUUAUAGUGAACCUGAAGAAAGGAUUAGAAUAAUUUGCUUCGGUUCGGUUCAGGAAGACUUACGAACUAAGGUGUUGAUCAAACUGUGGAUAAAAUUCGAUGAUGAAUGCUAUGAAUGCCAUUGCCAAGAUGUAUCCAAAGCUGAGUGCCGUUGAAUUAUCAGCGAUUCUAAUGAAAGGUGCUGCAAUGUCUGCGGCUUCGCUUGAACGCGAUUCUGGCUUCAACUCGGGAAGCUCCGAGCACGAAGACGAUCUCAAAAGCUUGGACCAGAGCUCCCGCGAUGGUUUGAUUACUCCGGAAAACAAUUCCGUGGAUUCGGUCGAAGUUAAGCUACCUCAGACAGUGCCGAAGAACAAACGAAAAAGUUCCGAACCCCUCCGGGUGAUCUCGGAUACCGAGUUAUUGGGGCCAAUCAAGAAACGUAUCCGGUAUGGAGAGCAAAUCCGCGAAGAGAAAGAAAGUUUGGAGCAUCACAUUGGUAAUAAUCCGUUCCGACCAUGGGCUCCUAGUGAAGGACUUCACGGCGAAAGCCCAUUACCCGCACACUACCCUAGCCCGGCUGAUCUGCUGGUCAGACACCCGGGGGUCACCACUCUCCAUCGUGCCAUUAGCAUUAAACCACUGGAUCAACUUCAGCAACAAACAUCGUGUAACACUUCCGCCACUUCCUACCAGCAGCAGCCACUGGCUUUGAUCUCAAAAAAAUCCGAAACCUCUAAUCAACCUCAGUCAACUGGAGAUGCUCUCCGACGGAACCUCAGCCUGCUGAACCAAACUGAUCGAUCGGUUUUCAUUCCACCCCAUCCGGUUGAAUGCGAAUCUUCGGAAUCGCUAGGCAAACCCUCGCAUCCUCGAAACUACAAAAACAUGACCCGUGAACGACGAAUCGAAGCAAACGCUCGUGAGCGGACCCGGGUUCAUACGAUAUCCGCUGCUUAUGAGAAACUUCGUCACGCUGUUCCUGCCUACUCGAACUCGCAGAAGUUGUCCAAACUUUCCAUCCUGCGGAUCGCCUGUUCUUACAUUUUAACACUUAGUCGGAUGGCCGGUGAGGACUACAGUGCCGACGGUUCUGAACCUUCCGUCGAUGAGUGCGUCGAAAUGGUGACAAAAACAAUUCAAACUGAGGGCAAAAUCAAGAAGAAGAAGGAUGAAUGAAACCCGACAGGUGCUAGUUGGCGUGUCGUUCGUCGAAAAACGCACAUCACCAUUGUGGUGGUAGUGCUACUGUUAACGUAUCUUCAUCUAAACGCACUUAGGAAGUGAUGAAAACUCGUAAUUAGAGUUUGAACGAUUCUCGGUCAAAAGGGAGCGGGAGUUGCCCGGAAACCACAAAAUAGCACUUGGCGCAUUGAGUUUUUUGAAUCAGUUAAUUUGCAACUCAUAUUGAUUAGAUGAACGGUUUUUAUUUAUUGCUUGGUUGAGGCAUUCUAAGGGAGCGUCAUUCUGAAUACAGUUUUUUGAGUAAGGGCUAUACACGAAGUGAAAUAAAUGGUAGAGUACAAAGUAGUUGAACACGAAACAAGCAGGUCUGAAAUGUUGCCAUAAGAUUUUUCGACUUAAAUUAACAGUACAUCGAGGAGACAAUAAAACCGCCAAAUUAACAAUAAAAUGAGAUGCGUUGUGAUUUUCCUAUAGUAGAUCCCAUGAAACGGUCUGACAGUUGGUGCCAUAUGCAAAUACCAACUUCUGUAUUUAGAUUCUUUCGCAAAUGGCAGGGUUUUCCUAAUUGACACAAUUGACGGAGUCGAGGCAUUUUUUGUUGUUGUUUUGCCAUAUGCUAAUCAAGCUUACAGUAACAGGAAUGCAUGCGCGCACUGAUGAACACUCGUAGUGACAGCCACCAUGAGUUAAAAAAACGGAGUGGAAAUAGUUUCUCAGAAAACAAUUAGCUGGUCUUCAAUAGUUAGUAUUUGAAAAAAUGUAAUUACUAGUACAUCGUAAGGUAUAUUUAUAAGCAAAUCUAAUUUGUGAUUGUUUUGUAAACAAUUUUAAAAUGUAAUACAGUAUCUUCAUUUUUACUGGAAAACACGGUGAAAACAUUAAUAAAUAUGAAAAGUAUU